AGAAAUAUGGCGGCGGAGCGUUCUUUGGGACGCGGUCACUGGCGUCUCCGUGACGCAGAACGAGUUAGAGCGUCCCGUGGGGUUUCCAUGGUGCCGCCCUCGGCCCCCACUUUCUCCGCUUUCUCUCCCGCCUGAGCACCGCGUACGAGAAGGCCGGCGGCGGGCCCCGCCCGCGACGUACACGCCGCUCGGGGGAGGGGUUAGGAGCGCAGGCGACGCUCUGGGCGAGCCCGUGCGCCUCUCUAUGCUACCGAGCGCUCGCGUGCGCCGCUCCCGCGCGUCGCCCCUUUAAUCGGCGGAGGGCGGUGCCGAGGAGGUCCCGCGAGAACGGAGGGGGCGGGGGGCGGUGCCGAGGCUGGGGGCCCGUGGCAGAUGGAGCCCGAGAUGGAGCCGGAGACUCUGGAGGCGCGAAUCAACAGAGCCACAAACCCCCUGAACAAGGAGCUGGACUGGGCCAGCAUCAACAGCUUCUGCGAGCAACUCAACGAGGACUUUGAGGGGCCUCCACUUGCCACCCGCCUAUUGGCCCACAAGAUCCAGUCCCCGCAGGAGUGGGAGGCGAUCCAGGCCCUGACGGUGCUGGAGACAUGUAUGAAGAGCUGCGGCAAGAGGUUCCACGACGAGGUGGGCAAGUUCCGCUUUCUCAACGAGCUCAUCAAGGUUGUUUCCCCCAAGUACCUGGGCUCUCGGACAUCAGAGAAGGUGAAGAACAAGAUCUUAGAGCUCCUCUACAGCUGGACGGUCGGCCUGCCCGAGGAAGUGAAGAUCACCGAGGCCUACCAGAUGCUCAAGAAGCAGGGGAUAGUGAAGUCCGACCCCAAGCUUCCAGAUGAUGCCGUCUUUCCCCAUCCUCCUCCACGGCCCAAGAAUGUGAUCUUUGAAGAUGAGGAGAAAUCCAAGAUGCUGGCCCGCCUACUGAAGAGCUCCCAUCCCGAAGACCUCCGAGCGGCCAACAAGCUCAUCAAGGAGAUGGUGCAAGAGGACCAGAAGCGGAUGGAGAAGAUCUCGAAGCGGGUGAGUGCCAUUGAGGAGGUGAACAACAAUGUGAAACUGCUGACGGAGAUGGUGAUGAGCCACAGCCAGGGUGGCGCUGCGGCCCACAGCAGCGAGGACCUCAUGAAGGAACUGUACCAGCGCUGUGAGCGGAUGCGGCCCACACUUUUCCGACUGGCCAGUGACACAGAGGACAAUGACGAGGCCUUAGCGGAGAUCCUGCAGGCCAACGACAACCUCACCCAGGUGAUCAACCUGUACAAGCAGCUGGUGCGGGGUGAGGAGGUCAACGGUGAUGCCGCAGCCGCCUCCAUCCCUGGGAGCACCUCAGCCCUGUUGGACCUCUCAGGCCUUGAUCUCCCUCCUUCAGGCACCACCUACCCAGCCAUGCCCACCUGCCCUGGCGACCGGGCCAGUGCUGAGCAGCCCAGCACCUCUGUUUCUCUGCUUGAUGAUGAGCUCAUGUCUCUGGGCCUGAGUGACCCCACACCCCCUUCAGGCCCAAGCUUGGAUGGUGCUGGAUGGAACAGCUUCCAGUCAUCUGAUGGCACCGAGCCCCCAGCCCCCACUCCGGCACCCAGCAUGGACAGCUGGCCCCCUACACAGACCUCCCUGCCAGCGAGCAGUGGUCUGGAUGACCUGGACCUCCUGGGGAAGACCCUGCUGCAGCAGUCGCUGCCCCCGGAGUCCCAGCAAGUGCGGUGGGAGAAGCAGCAGCCAGCCCCCCGGCUCACACUCCGGGACCUGCAGAAUAAAAGCAGCUGCAGCUCACCCCGCUCCGGUGCCGCCAGCCUCCACACCGUGUCCCCCGAGCCCCCCGGGCCUCCGCAGCAGCCCACACAGACUGAGCUCUCCCUGGCCAGCAUCACUGUGCCCCUGGAGUCCAUCAAACCCAGCAGCAUCUUGCCAGUGACUGUGUACGACCAACAUGGUUUCCGGGUCCUUUUCCACUUCGCCCGAGACCCGCUGCCUGGGCGCUCCGACGUGCUGGUGGUGGUGGUUUCCAUGCUGAGCACUGCCCCCCAGCCCAUCCGCAAUAUCGUGUUCCAGUCAGCUGUCCCCAAGGUCAUGAAAGUGAAGCUGCAGCCACCCUCGGGCACGGAGCUGCCAGCCUUCAACCCCAUCGUCCACCCCUCAGCUAUCACCCAGGUCCUGCUCCUCGCCAACCCCCAGAAGGAGAAGGUUCGCCUCCGCUACAAGCUCCUCUUCACCAUGGGCGACCAGGCCUACAACGAGAUGGGGGACGUGGACCAGUUCCCCCCACCGGAGACCUGGGGGAGCCUCUAGAACAGAGAGGGGAGUGGAGGGGAGGAGGAGGCAAUGGGAUCGGCCACUGGCUAGCCUGGGUAGGAGGCUGUGGUGGCCUAGGAUGCCCUUUGUCCCCAUGGCCAUAUCUGUGCCUGGUGCUUCUCCCCUCACCCCUGUGGCCCCCUCCUUCCUUCACCCCUUCCCUGCUGGGCCAAACCCAGCAGGAGGCUGGGCCUGGGUUUGCGCUGCUGGGGCUUCACCACGGGUGGGAGCCCGGAGCAGAGAAGGGCUGCGUGGCCUUGGAAGGACUUGGGGUCUUUGGAAGAAGCAUGGCUGCCGGGCAGGGGCCAGGACCUCAGGCCCAGCCCUGAUCUCAGCCUGGAGUGGGGUCAUCCCCGCCUGUCUCUCUUGCCUUAUGGGAAGGCCCAGCCAUAAUCUGGGUCAUGCUGGAGCCAUGGACCAGCUCAGGCCUCCUCCAUAGGAACUGGGUAACUGUGGGGAGUGACAUCUGCACCCCCGGCUGUUUGCACUCUCUGGUGUGUGAUUUGACUCUCAACUUAUAUUUCUGAGUGGCCUGUGGUCACCAUCUCAGGGGGCCCAGUUGGGGGAGCCCCACCUGGCUCCUUUGCUGUCAGGCCUCCUGAGGAGCCAUGGGGACUAUGUGACUGCUGACCUGAGGGUAAUGCCAGAGGCAGGUGGCCCCAGCUGGGCUCUGGAGCUUCUGGCCAAGGGAGGACCUGCACUGGAGUUCUGUCUCCUUCAUUAACUGGCCCCUGCUGGGCCUCCUGUGGGCGUCUCACCUCUGUCCAUUCAUUUAUUUAUGGGCAGAAGCGGGGUCGGUGUGUGAGUGGGAGCAGGAGUAUUUAUGAAAAUAAAACGUCCUUUUUCCUGGA